CACGCACCGCCGCGCUGCGGCAGCGUGGGCUCCGCAUGGCAACGGCGGCGGGACGGCCGGGCACGGCGCUGCGCGGCUCCGAGAGGUAAGCGGAGAGGUAACGGGGAGCGGGGCCGGGCGCUGCGGGUGAGCGGUACGCGGCAGGUGGCCCCGAGGUGCGCGCAGCCGUGGGCGCGGCUGCCCUCGGUGCUGCAGCCCGGCACCGGCAGGGUCCGAUCCGGGCAACCUGCGUUCUAUUCGAGUUAGAUAACGUAUAUUAAAAACGCCCAGUCUUGGCGAGCUGACAGCGUCUGUCCAAAUAUUUAUAUCCGCUCUGAUCGGGAGCUGUGUUGCCAUGGCAGCGCAAUUAGCACUUUGUCUAUUAACGGCCUUCCUGCGGCCAGGAGGUGCUGAGCUCCCCAUACCGCGGGGUCUCAGAGCCCCGUGCCCUCCCGCACCCGCACUGCUCCUCCCACGAGGGCUGACGCAUCGCUGCCGGGAGCAUCCGUCGCCAGGCGGGAUGGAAAUGGUGCAGGGAUGGGAUGGCACAGAGCGAGUGCCGCCGUUGUCCCCUGCGGCACACCAGGAGCAUCACAAAGCGCAUCCAUGCCGCACACGAGGCACAUCACACGAGAGCAGGGCACAACCUGCGGCGAUGGGCAUGGAUGCUCAGCACAAACCCGCACGUUGCUGCCCUGCCCUGCCCUGUGCCAGGGCCUCGUGCUCUGGGCACAGCGUGCCCCGUGCUGCCCUGCGGGAUGUGCUGGGUCCGGGUGCAGCGCUGCCCUGCACUGUGCUGUGCAGGAGGAGGUGUCGGCAGGGAUUAGGGUUGCAUCUAGAAAAGGGCUAAUUCAGAGCCCACGGCGCUGGGCGGCUCGCAGCAGCUCUCCCCUGGUGCCACCGCUCUGGCAACACAAACAAAACACUCGCAGUCAGCUGAGUGGCUCUGCAGCAGCAACGACCAAAAUCUUUUUUUUUUUUCAGUUUCCAAAUGCAGUCAGUGCUGAAUUUAACCCUAGAAGGGGCUGCUCGCAGCUGUCCCGCUGCUGGGGGCUCUGAUGGUUAUGUGCCCACACUGCAGGAAAGGGUGCAUGGGAUGUGCUCUGCUUCCCAUGGAAGUGCAUUGGAGCUGCAGGUGCAUGUGGGUCCUAGAGUGGUUCCUGCAGUGCCAGCUAUAUGGGAACCGCUGUGGCAUUGUGUGUCAGAGCUGGCAGCAUCCUCCAGAGUGAGGAGGUGGCACCAUGAGGUCCAAGCACUGUGCCAAGAGUCCAAGCACUGCGCCAUCCCAGAGGAGCUCUUUCCUGUACCUCUCGAGUGUCCUACGUGUCUCAUGAGGGAUCUGACAUUGGUUUAAUCCAGCGUAUCUCUCCCACUCUGCAGUGCGUCCUGCAGACCCUGGACAGCACAGGGCGGUUUUGCUGUCAACCUUCUGCCUUCCGUGAGGAAAGCACUGCUCCUCCCACCGGGCUUAGACCUGAGGGUGUUGUGCUCCUGCCUCGCUCAGAGGCUGAGCACAGGUCCUGGAGGUGCCAUGCCCGCCCCGUGAUGCCGCCUGGCACAGCUGUCCCGUGACGCAGCUCUGUUCCCACCACUCUCAGCGGUGACACAGGAGCAUACAGUAACAGGACCUGCUUCACAGCUGCUGCCUUGUUUGCAUUGGUGGAGCACAAGGAGGCUGUGCUCACAGGCAGAGACAAAGGCACUGGGGCGCACAAGCGAUGGCCUUCCAGCGGAGCCACAAGCUGAACCUGCUGCGCAUUGCCGUGCUGCUCCUCGUGGCCUUGGCUGGCAUCAAGUUCCUCUUCCGUGACAGCUUAACCCUGCAGCUGCACAAGCACAUCAGCAAGGACAGCACGUUCUGGGGGGAUGUGCGGGACUCUGGCCCCCAAAGCCAGGCUGUGGAGGUCCAACCUGCAAAGAUCACGGCCCCAAGGCAGGGACCUAAGCAGCAGUUCCCCAAGGACCUCAGUGCCACUGAGAUGAGGCUCGUUCACCUGGACCUGAAGGGAGCUGCUCCCAGGGUCUCCUAUCUGGAGCAGCUGUUCCCACUCCUGUCCCGACUGGGAGCCAAUGGGAUCUUGAUCGAAUACGAGGAUAUGUUCCCCUUCAAGGGGGAACUGGAAGUCCUCAAGUCCCCCUAUGCUUACAGCGAGGAGGACGUUGAGUGGAUCCAGCAGCUGGCAGAGCUCCACAAGCUGGAGGUGGUUCCCCUGGUGCAGACCUUCGGUCAUGUGGAGUUCAUCCUCAAACACGCCAAGUACCAGCACCUGCGGGAGGUGGAGCGCUUCCCCAACAGCUUCAACCCCCAUGUCCCAGACACCCUGGCAUUGCUCAAGGUCAUCCUAUCACAGGUGAUGGAGAAGCACAGGCGCUCCUCGUGGAUCCACAUUGGUGCAGAUGAGGUCUUCCACCUCGGGGAGGGAAAGGACUCCAGGAAUUGGAUGAGCCGCAACAAGGGUGACACAGGAACCAUAUACCUGAACCACAUCAAGGAGGUGCUGGACUUCAUCUCCACACAGUACCGGGGACUGCGGGUGCUCAUGUGGGAUGACAUGCUGAGGAAGAUCAGUGUGGGAGCCCUGCAGGAGUCUGGGAUAGCAAAGCAUGUCUCACCUGUGGUGUGGUUCUAUGCACCUGACUUUGACGCAGAGCGGAUUGGGCAGUUCAUCACCAAGUACAUGGAGAGCGGCUUUGAGGCUGUGUGGUUCGCCAGCGCCUUCAAGGGCACCACGGGCCCAACACAGAGCUGGCCCCCGCUCAGCUCCCACCUGAAAAACCAGCUCAGCUGGCUGCGGGUGCGUGAGGCCAUGCCACGCUUCGCCCCGCUGCGCUUCCAGGGCAUUGUCCUCACAGGAUGGCAGAGGUACGACCACUACUCAGUGCUGUGUGAGCUGCUGCCUGUCGGCAUUCCCUCCCUGGCCAUAUGCCUCCAGACCCUGGUGAACGGGGGAUUCAUGGAAGAGACACGGAGGAAGGUGCUGGAGGUGUUGGGCUUCCAGAGCAUGCAGCUGGAGCAGAGCACAUGUGAGGGAAGAGGAGUGUUCCCCGGGGCAGAAAUCUAUCACAUGGUGGAGCAGGUGAACAGACAGCUGAAGGAGAGCAUCACCAAAAUGCUGGAGGAGGAAAGUGCCAUCAAGGGCUGGUUCAGCCCCUACCACCGCAAGCACCAGUUUGGCAACCCUCGCAACAUGGAGAGCUUUGGCAGCAAGGUGCUCAAGCUCCAUGAGGACUGGGAGAGCUUUGUCCGAGACCUGCGUGCCCACCUGGAGAGUGUCUACUUCCCUGACACGGUGGAGGAAUGGAUGGAGGAGAAUGUCAACCCCUACCUGGACCCUCUGCGGGACCUGGUCCGGGACUACCGUGCCAUCAUCCGCCUCAACGCCCAGCCCAAGGCAUCUUAGGAGCUGUGUUUCCCCAUGGACUGGGCAGCGGGGGCCAUGGGAAUGAUUUAUUUGCUGGCCUGCACCCUUCUUCCGUUCAAGGCAUGAUUGUGGUUUGUUUUGUACUGCACAGAGAGCCCUGGCGUGCCCCACUUCCCAAUAAAGUAUUUUCGUAGAUGCUGCUGAGUGAUGGGGGGGCUGCAACUGUGCCCCCUCCCUGCAGGCAUAGAGGAAAUGGGGCUGGGAGGAUCAGAUCAUCCCUGUCCCAUCUUGGGGGGACCCCUGCUCCUCGGGGAGGUCUCAGCUGCUUGGGGCUGGGGCUGGAGAAUGGUGGAGCUGGUGAAUUUGGUUGCAACAUCUUCCACUACAGGCAGAGAGGGGGCAGCCACUGUCCCACAGUGUAGCUGGACUUCUGGGGGUGGCCAUCUCCUCCCUGCAGUACAUCACCCAGCACAGUGAGAGUGAUGCUGGGGGCAGAGGCAGAAGGUGAGGGCUGCUCCAGGCUUUUCCAUGCCUCGGUGUGCCUUGGUAUGAAGGCCUGGCAGCGUCCCCCAGCGCCUGCUCCCCAUCUCCAUGGCUGCUUUCAGCAACUGCAGCCGCCACUGACUCCCUGAUGGCUGGGAGGGAAGAGAACAGCACUCGCUUCCUGCACCGAGCUCUUCCCAAAGCCUUUCAUCUCUCCCUUCCUCCCUCUCUGCCAGCGCCUGGAGCCUCCUGUGCUGGCAGUGCUCACUGUGAUGUGCCACCCUCCUGCAGCAGCGCUACAUCUAGGGUCUGUCUGUGUGUGUGUGUGGGGGGGUCCCAUGUACCCCCAAACCCACAGCUCCCUGAGUGCAGGGCACUGAUUGCAGGUCUGUGUGCACAGGGCAGGGAUGCAGAUGGUUCAUUGCACGGAUUUCUAUUCUGCAAGGACCAAACAGGCUUGGCAAGAGCCUGGAGGGAGCUGCAGGGAUAUGAAGUUUUCUGAGGCUGCUGCUGCUGCAGUGUGGCUCAGAGGGGCAGGAGGGGUGCACAGCUUUGC